AUGGAACCAGAUUAUCAGAUAUCUUCAGAGCAGAUAGUGAAAGAUGUACUUGAUAAAAGAAAACAGAAAUCACAAGCUACCAAGUCCAAUGUUGAUAUCAAUAUCCAGGAUUUAGAAGAAUUGAAAGAUUUACAAGGUCGUAAGAGAACUGAAUAUGAAACUUACUUGAAGAGAAAUAGAUUAGACAUGGGCCAGUGGCUGCGAUACGCAGAUUUCGAAAUUCAGCAACAUGAUAUUAGGAGAGCAAGAUCAAUUUUUGAAAGAGCAAUGUUGGUAGAUAGCUCAUAUAUUCCACUAUGGAUACGUUAUAUUGACACGGAAAUAAAAAAUGAGUUCAUCAACCAUGCCAGAAACCUUUUGAAUAGAGCUGUUAAUAUUUUACCGAGAGUAGAUAAACUAUGGUACAAAUAUUUAAUACUGGAAGAAUCUAUUGGAAACAUAGACAUAACAAGGUCAUUAUUUAAUAAAUGGAUUUCUUUAGAACCAAAUGUAAAUGCCUGGGAUUCUUUUAUUGAUUUUGAAAUUAGGCAAAAAAAAUGGAAUGAAGUAAGGAAUAUCUAUUCAAAAUAUGUGUUGGUACAUCCACAAUACAGGACCUGGGAUAAUUGGUUUUUAUUUGAGAAGAAAUAUGGAACAAUAGAACUUGUAAGAAAAACCUAUGUUUUCGCCCUUGAUACAUUACAGUCAUAUUUAGAUGUUACGAAUAAAGAUAAUGAACAAAUAUUCGAUAAUCUUCUUGGUGAUAUUAUAUCAAUUGUAAUACAUUUUUCUAGCUGGGAAGCAUCUCAGGCGGAAUAUGAGCGUAGUCGUGCUCUGAUAAGGUUUGCUUUAGAGCAAUGGCCUGAGCAAAAAGUACUAAGAGAUUAUCAGGUUGAUUUUGAAAAGAGUUUUGGAAAAGAUUUCGAGAACAUAGAAAGCAAUAUAAUAAGGAAGAGGAAACAAUCAUAUGAACACUAUUUGAUAAACAAUCCUAGAGAUUAUGAUACCUGGUGGAUUUAUUUAGAUUUAAUUGAAAAAUAUUUUGUCGUUGAAUUACUAGAUAUUUAUAAUCAGUGUGUUAUCAAUUCUAAACCUGAAACGAUGAAAAAAACCAUAGAAUUUGAAAGGUAUAUUUGCAUUUGGAUAAGAUAUCUAAUUUUUGUUGAAAAAACAGGUAAUGAUACUGAGCUUUGCAGAACUUUGUAUAAUGACUUGAUCUCUAAUAUUAUUCCACAUAAAGAGUUUACAUAUCCUCUAAUAUGGAUCAUGUAUGCUAAUUUUGAAAUUAGACAGGAUAAUAUAUCCAAUGCAAGAAAAAUCAUGGGAAGGGCAAUCGGUAUUUGUCCCAGUGAUGAAUUAUUUAGAUCGUAUAUUUCCAUUGAAAUAAAAUUAAAAGAGUUUGAUAGAGUAAGAAAAUUAUAUGAAAAAUAUAUCGAAUUUAAACCAAAUUCUGAAGAAUUGUGGAUCCAAUAUGCUGAAUUAGAGAGUAAUUUAGGUGACGAGGUUAGAGCGAGAGGCAUAUUAGAAUCAGCCUUAAAUUCAUCAAUGAAUUGUUUCAAUAAAGACUCAAAAAACAAACUCUUCAAAUCAUUGAUAGAGAUUGAGACGGAGUCUGGAAAUUAUGACAAGGUUAGAGUUGCAUAUCAAAAAUACUUGAGAAAUUCUGAUUUUGAUAAGUCCAUAUGGAUUGAGUACGCUACAUUUGUUCUUUCUACACCAACUGAAGACCAGUUAAAGUUAUUAACUAACAACAGUUCUAAUGCUGAUUCUGACGAGGAACUAGAAUUCUCUAUAACUGAAGAAAACAUAAAUAAUGCCAGAAAAAUUUUUGAACAAGGCCUAAUGCAUACUAAACUUCACAAUAAGGAAAGUGAUAGAGUUUUUUUAUUUAAUGCUUAUGAGCAAUUUGAGGAAACUUAUGGCGAUUCUUUAUCAAAACAAGCACUAUCAUCAAGACUUCCUGUAAAAUCUAAGAUAAAGUUUUAUGAGAAUGGGAUUGAGAAAGAAACGUUUCAGUAUUUAUUUCCAGAUGAUAACGAUACAUUAGAAAAGGAAGAAGAGAAGAAACCUGAUAUUUCUAAAAUGUUCAAACUAGCAAAAGAAUGGGAAAGUUCCCAAACAGGAUAG